AUGUGUAAACAUAUAGUUGGAACCGAAAAUCAUGUAAACACAAUAAGGCUGAUAAACACAAUUUUUGAUAAUUUUUCCAGUAACGAUGAAAGUGUAAUCAUAACUAGCGGAAGUGUUGGUGAAGGACUGCAGAUGCGCGGUAGUGAUCUAGAUACUGUGAUUGUACUUCUAAACAUCGAGGUCAACGAUAACAUGAAACCUGUUGUUUUUCAUCCUUCAAAACCAAAUGUUGCACUGAUGACAGAAGAAACAAAACCAGGUUACGCAAUGCUGUGUCUUAUGAAUAAUCCGAAUGCUCUUAUUCUGGACAAAUGUAAAAAGGUCAGAGGAGAGAAUUUUCUGUCAAGUGCCUUAUUAAAAAAAACUUUUUUAAAUGAAUUAAAUCCCGUUGUACAUGGACCUUGUAUAUCCGACAUAGAUAAUAAUUUUGAUUUUGCCCGUUGCUUUCAUAGUAAAUCAUUGUUACAGUUCUCAUCACGGUGGGUUAAGAGGUCAAAUAAUACAUGGCCAAAUGAAAACACAAAGCAGAUCGUCAUCGAUCAUGGAGUGCUGUUGGUACCAAUUGGUGCUAAAGGGUCACCUAACGAGGAACUAGAAUGGCGCAUUUCAUUCUCAGUUGGGGAAAAGUUUCUUAUCUAUACGUUUAAUCAUACGCAAUUAAUUUGUUAUGCGCUGAUGAAAAUUCUUUUAAAGGAUGUUAUAAAUACUGAUAGUAGAUGUACAGAUAUAUUGUGUUCCUAUUAUCUAAAGACAUUAAUGUUCUGGCUAUCAGAAGAAUCACAACCCUCUGUAUGGACCCCUGACAAUUUAAUACCAUGUUUUAUGAGAUGUUUCAGUCGGCUGAUUUAUUGUGUACAGUAUCAAGUUUUUCCGCAUUAUUUCAUUCCAGAAAAUAAUUUGUUUGAGAACAAGAUAGAACAUGUAGAAGGACUGGAUAGAAAACAUUGUAUUCGUAAACUACGUCAGCUAUUUAGCGGUGGAUGGCGUUACAUUUUAGAAAAUUUAUUCCCUAAACAAAUAUCUCAUGUUUCAGUUUUGUCAUGCAAUGUUCAAAACGAACCAAGAAUCUCGUAUUAUGAAGAUAUCAAUACAUUGUUAAAGACAAAUAUCUUUUUGCGUAUUGCUUCUGUGAGUGGUAAAAACAAUAACACCAGAAGGGCUGUUCAUUCCAUUAUGGCUUAUAAUUCUACAAAAUUGAAAUACCUUUAUGUUUAUUUCCUAUCAAAGGUGUGCCACAAUGAAUGUCAGUCUUUUCCCUUGAGUAGUGCAAUUAGUAAUAAGAAUCAAUAUAAACAAUACAACACUUGCCUGAGUUAUCUACUAAUGAACAUCAACCACGAUAUUGUCUCUGGGUGGUUGAUGCUUGCUUCGUUUUUCUACAAAGAAAAACAAUAUGAAAAAUCUCUCCUAAUUAGUAUGUAUGCAUUAUCAAAGUGUACACCUGCAAUUUUUUGUGGUGGAACAGAAUUGUCAGACUCGCAACUUCUUCUAGUCAAAACGCAUGUAAAACAAAAGCCAGGAGUUGUGCGUUUGUUAAAAUUCGUAAUGGCAGAUAAUGUCGUAUUCGCAACUACAUCCUUUUCUCCUGUUGAACUGCUGAUAGAGGCAAAUGGUUAUGGAAUUCGGCCUGUAGUUUAUGCACAUUUUUUGUCUUUUCUAUGUAAUUACCAUUUGAAAAAUGUACCUAAAUGUACAAGUUCCAUCCGACGUCUCGAAAGGACAAUAGCCAUAGAUAAUGUAUUCGGAAAUGAUUUAGGAGUUCUUUCAAAAUCUUACUAUUUUCUUGGUACUGCUUUACACUUAAAGGGACAUAAUAAAUCAGCCAGAACAGCAUUCUGCGAGGCUUUGAAACUAAAUUUGAAUCCACGUUUUGCCAGGCUAUUUAAAAGACUUGCUAUGGUAGUUUCUUUAAGAAAACCAGGUCUUAAACAAUUACAAGUUCAAACUUGA